ACUUUCUAAACGUCAGUUACAAAAGACCUCGAAACUUUCGUAAAUUCUUGUUUUACUAGUUUUCAAACUGAAAAAUCACGCCUUUAUCACGUACAUAUUUCAGAAGUUGCAUUCCACUUGUUCCUUUAUGUCAUUAUCCAUCAACAAUGCCUCCUGUUUAAAAGUGUUGGCUCAGAAUAAUUAAUAUCAUGGUUCCGCAACAGCAGAGAAGAAGACGUAGACGGGCAGCGAUUGCUCGGACUACGGAGCGACGGGUGGUAGUGGCUAGAGGUGCUGGCGGCUUCGGAUUCACUAUUGCGGGGCAGAGGCCGUGUGUGGUGUCGGCCGUGGCAGCGGGCGGCCCGGCCGAGAGAGCCGGUUUGCGCGCAGGCGACGCUUUGCUAGCAGUGGACGGUGCGAGUGUAGCAAGGGCUCCUCACGCUUCUGUGGCGCGGCUGGUGGCGGCUGCACCCGGUGCGAUAGCUCUGAGCGUGUCCCCGAGGGAGGCGCCUCCGACGGACACGGAGGACACUGAGCCAGACGAGCGAGCGAGGACUAGGCGGCGCCAUCCUCCACCACGACGCAGGCCUCAGGCGAUGUUGCACCAUCCAGGAUGUCACGCAGCGCCCAGUACAUCUGGAGUCAAUGAGAUCUUACAGAACCUGAGUCGAGUACAGUUGACACCGAACCACGCAGCUCGGCUCGAAUGCCGCGCCGUAGUCGGAUACUUGGGGACUAUAGAGACACCGCAGGCCGCCUCUAGCACAGCACCGAACAAUGUCAAGACAGCAGUAAGGAAACUGAGACAGGAGCGGCGACCUGCAACGCCUGUACUUCUGUCUGUAUUACCCAACUCCCUGUUUCUGAGGCGUCCUUCAGGCCAAAUCUUAGCUCAAUACCAGCGAGAAAGGAUAGUGUACGCCGGAUGCGGAUCUGACGCUGACCGGCGGUUCUUUGGGCUGGUGACGUCAGCAGAGACCGCGGAAACUGAAGCGUCACAUAGUAGCCAUGUGUUCGCGGUUGAUCCGAGGAUGGCGGAGCACGAAGCUCAUAUAACAAGAGCCAGGGAGUUUCAGAUAGCGUGUACCAGAGACCCAGUAGCUGAGAGAUGCUUAGAGUUCCCACCAUCAGCUGAAUAUGUGGUCGGGGUUAUCCGAGGAAUGUACUCAUUACCUUCCGAAGACUGUGCAAGCCCAAAUCUUCAAGCGAUCUCGAAGUUAGCAGUUAAAGGAGACAGUCCAGCUUUGGGUAACUUUUCGAGAUGUAACCGUCCAGUGUUUCGAGUGCCUCGCGAUAGAAGACCUUGUAGACACGAAGAAGCAAGGAUUGACGUCCAGGAUUUCGUAGCGAACUCUCCGCAACCGAGCAACCACAGCGAGGUUACUACGACGUCCAGUAACAGUGACUCCGGUAUAGGCUUCCACAAUGACUGCAGGAACAUAGCCGACAGGAUUCUCGUGGUCGAUUUCGCGCAGCAAGCACCACCCAAUAAAUUCCGUCAAGAUAUGCCGCGACGACCUAUAGGGCUGGUCGGCUGCAGUAGCUUUGACACAGAUGGUUCUUUCUUAUCGAACACCACUCCUGUUGUGGAUGGUUUUGGAGGGCAAGGUAGGCCGUUGAAUCUGGAUGACGUCAUCCUCUCCAAUGACUUGCAGACGGUCAGGCAUCUCAGUCCUCAUAAGGACAGCGAUUACAAUUACAAUAACGUGUACGGGAAUAUACCAUCGAGCUCUAGGUACCCCAAUGGUGCUGUGUAUGACCAAGUUUAUACUGAGAAUGAAGGUCAUCACUAUGAGUUCAUCCCACCACAGCUGGACAUGGAUUUGGAGAUCGACCACGUCGCGGAGACGUUUAAUUCCGUUGAGAUAUAUGAGGAGAGGUCGCGACACCCUCCGGACUGGCAGUCUACGGAGUCAGUAGAGAAUGUGACUGUAAUAUCUGGUGGUACUUCGAAGGCCAGUAUGGACUCUGUGUCGGUGUACUCGUCCAGGAGUCACGAGGAGGCCAGGCCUUCGAGGAGGAAGCAUCUUCAAGCGUCGCUCGAUGAUAUGCUUGUGUUGGGCUUCCGUCCACCAGCGGCCCAAGAUAAGGAUGACGAUAACUUUGUCCACCCUGCCAGUGUUAAAUGCAAGGUUCGAAAAUCCAUAAAGCCCUUGAACAUCCUAUCGAAGACGAGGCACAUGCUGUCCGGGAAGGAGAAAGAGCGCGGCCACAAGCAGCAGGAGGAGCGGCGCCGCGCGCUGAGCGCUAGCGCGGGUGACGUCACGGGCGGGGCGGAGCGCCCCGACGACGCGCUGCCCGCCGCCGCCAGCGAGCCCGACCUGAGGGACGCGCAGAGCGAACAGUCAUCGCCGUUCCGCCGCUGGACGACCGGCAGCGGCACGGGCAGCUCCUACCGCCACCACGACCAUCGCACCAUGUAUAACAAGCAAAUGAGCGAGGGCGCGAGUCCCGUGGGUGCGACUGGCGGCGGGGGCGCGACGAGUGUGGCUCGCUGGUCGCUGGGGCUGGAGCAGCUGCUGGCCGACCCUGCUGGAGCCGCCGCCUUCGCACACUUCCUCGCCAAGGAGUUCGCAGCCGAGAACAUACGUUUCUGGUGGUCGUGCGAGCAGUACAGCGCGCUGACGGACGGCGCUGAACGUGCCCUGCUCGCCAACAAGAUCUGGCAGCGCCACCUCGCCGAGGGCGCGAUGGAGCCCGUCAACGUGGACGCGGCCGCCAGGAGGGCUGCGGCGCUGCUGCUGUACCACGACCCGCCGCCGCCUGACCUUUUCCAACAGGCUCAGAAGCAGAUCUUCAACGUGAUGAAGUUCGACAGCUACCCGCGGUUCCUGCGCUCGGCCGUGCACGCGGAGUGCGCGCGCGCCGACCUGCGCGGCCUCCCGCCGCCCUACCCGCCGCACCACCCGCCGCACCACCCGCCGCACCACCCGCCGCACCACCCGCCGCACGCGCACCACGCGGAACUCACCACGCCGCCGCGAUCACCCAACAAGUUGAAGAAGUCCGCGAGCAACGCGUCGGAGCGUCGUCGCAGCGGCGGCGCGUCGCUGCUACCAUGGAAGCUGCGCGCCACCUCGCGCGACCGCACCGCGACCACGCAACCAGACGCACCGCCGCCCGUUACCGAUGUGGUGAAGUCAAGUCAGACAGCGCCCGGUCAGUGUUCGCUGUGUCGCGUGGUGUUGCCUGACGGUGCGACGUCGGUGGUGGGUGUGGACGCGACGGUGACCGUCGGCAGGCUGGUCGACCGUCUGCUGCAGCGGCGCAACCUGCUCUGCACCGCGUAUGAUGUGCUCGUCAGGGAUGGGAGUCAGUCUGGCGCCGGCGGCUCGGGCUCGCCGGUGGAGGUGCAGGCGCCGUCGCUGGUGCUGGGCGGGCGCGAGGCCGUGGUGGAGCGGCGCGCGCUCGUGCGGCUGGCGCUGGGCGCGCGCUGCGUGGCCGUGCGCUGCCGCCCCGCGCGCCGCCUGCGCCACGUGCUGCGCGCCGUGCUCGCGCGCUCGCGCCCGCCGCGCCGCCCGCCCGCGCCGCGCGCGCGCGCGUGCUGCGCGACGGACAGCCGCUGCACCCCGACACGCUCAUGCAGGACCUCGACGGCGCCCGCCUGCAGAUCCUCGACGUGCCCGACGACGACGACGACGCGCGGCUGCCCGCGCGCGCCGACCGCGACGACGACACAGACUCGCUCAGCGAUCUCGCGCUGCGGCUGCACGACGAACAGGAGACACAGAACGGCAACGCUCCGUGUGACAUGCGCGUGAACAGUAACGGGUGUGCGACUGGCGCGGCGAGUGUGUCGGGCGCGGGGGCAGGGGCGGGGGCGCGGGUCCGCGCGGCGCUGCGGGCCGGCGCGCCGCUACACCACCAUCCACCUG